AUGGAUAUCCAAUUAGGAAAGACUAAUAUACGAAAGCAAGUAGGAGGUAGCCUGUUAACUAGUAUUUUAUCAAUGGGCAGAGCAUUGGCACCAACACUGGGUAAAACACUUGGUUCAUUAGCGUUAGCAGGUCUUGCUAGUGAAGGCGCCAGUCAAUUGGUAAAAAAGAUAUCUGGAGGUAAUAUAUUUACUGAUGUGGUAGACUUUGGAAGAAAAUUAGAAAAAAAGAUCUCUGGAGGGCAAGUAGGAGGCUUCAUAGUCCUAUAUAAUAGACUCAAUAGAAUGUUUCCUUAUAAGGAUUUAUUGACAGCAAAACAGCAAAUGGAUCUACUCGAAGACGCUCAAUUGGGUUCAGAUUUCCACAUCAGACCAACACAAAUGCAAUCGGGCCGAGGCCUUGGGAUUAUUCUAGCAACCAUCGGUAUUCCAUUAGCUAUCUUAUAUGAGUGGGUCUCACUGGGUCUCCACAUAUGUAAAAGAUGGUGUCAUCAAUUAUUUUGA